CUUUUAAGGCUGUAUGAUAUUUUGCCCGUUCUGCUCCAGGUUUGUGGAGCUCGCGCUAAGAGGGAUCGCUCUCUGCAGGGUUACAUCACACAGACAUGAAAAGAGACGUCAGCGGACUCUGAGUUUAUGGGAACAUGUCGAAGAAGAAAGGCAGGAAGCGCGGCAGCGGGGAGUUGGGCGACAUCCUGACUCCUGACCCCAACAACAUGGUGGGCAUGAGGAUCCAGCACAGCUGGCGGGAGAAGGGGGCCCUGACCAAGUGGAAGGGCACUGUGCUGGACCGGCUGACCGUCAACAACUCGCUCUUCAUGGUCAAGUACGACGGCUUCGACUGCGUCUAUGGCAUCGAGCUGUUCAAGGACUCGCGGGUCUCCAAUCUGCAGGUUUUAACGGAGAAAGUGGUGAACAACAAGAUCAAGGUUCCUCAUGAUGCGGAGGAGCUCGUGGGCAAGGCAGUGGAGCACCUGUUCGAGAAGGAGGAUGGGGAGAAGAACGAGUGGAGGGGCAUGGUGCUUUCUCGCGCUCCCAUCAUGACCAACUGGUACUACAUCACUUACGAGAAGGACCCCGUGCUGUACAUGUAUCAGCUGUGGGACGACUACAAGGACGGAGAUCUGCGCAUUUUACCCGAAGCAGAGAAUAAGCACUUGCUUCCGGCCGACAGGAAGCCAGGGGAAGACACCGAGAGCCUCGUGGGUAAGCAGGUGGAGUACGUCACCGACAAGGGUGUGAAAAGAACCGGCCUGGUCAUCUACCAGGUUCCCGCCAAGCCGUCCGUCUAUUACAUCAAGUACGACGAUGACUUCCACAUCCACGUCUACGACCUGGUCAAGACGUCUUAAAGGAACCCAGCUGCUCGUUCCCUUAGUUCACCCGUCAUUUUAAUGUCCCAUUGCAUUGUGGGGGGAAAAGGUAGCAUGCUGUGCUUUCGGAAGAGCGGGAGUCAUCCAGGGAAAUGGGCUUUGCAGGGUUCUCUGUGUCCGCUUAAGUCACUUGUGAGCGUCGUACUGUAGACAAGUGCAGAAGGGAAGGGUGGGGUUGGUUGCGGGGCUGGGGGGAGGAGCUCUUAGGCUCAGGGGUGGGGCCUGAGUGAAAAUGAACGCCAGCAAAGGCUAGACGCUCAGAAAGACUUGAGUGUAACGUCCGUCGUCUCUUGUGAAAUGGCAAAGGCAGUCCUCGUUCCCCUCGCAAUCUUCCGGUUAUGGAGGGAAGUUUUGCAAAUUAUUUUAAUAUAUUUUCUAAAGAGGUACCAAGUUCAAAAUAAUCUUUACAUUGUAUUGAAGUUAAAGCGUAAAAUGCACACAGUGUGUUAAUUUGUGUCCAAAGGGCGAUGACUGGCUGUAAGUGACGUCACUAAUGCUCCACAACGUUACUCUCUUAAUUCCCGUUGUUGUCGGAUUCGGAGGCCACGCGCCUUUGUUUUCUCGGAAAUAUUUUAGCGUGUAAGCAGGGUUGCUGCGUGGAACAAUGUUAAUUUACCAAUUGAUUUGCAUAGGAAAAUAUUGCUUCUGAAGAUGGGGCCACGUUUGUGAAGCGAGUUCUGGACUGGACUGACCACCAGUGAGGAGAUGUGGGCACGUUUCGGGGACAUCGUGGUACUGAGAGGCAGGUGUGGGACAGAACGUGGUUUCAACAGCACCUCGUCACGGGUUUGUUGGCUCCUCGCUCUGCUUUCAGUCUGAGCACCUUGGAUGGUAAAAUCGAUCAUUUCAGGACUUAGUAGGAAUCUUUAGCUCGGUGAGAUCAUGCGUCUUUGGUGGCAGGUACCGCAACCGAGAGUUUUCCCAGCAAAAGCACACACUCCUGAUUCUUCCUGAUUCCUUCUCUUCUCCGUAGUGCUGUCACCCACUUCAAAAAUAACCCCAUCAGCAGAACAUCGGGUCAGAUGCCAUUUCAUAACGGAGAUGGGUCUCGUAGCGCAGCGGAGUGGAGUGGGCGCCCGGUGCCCGAGCGUGCGCUCUCUUGUGUGGACUCUGGUGACCAUGGCAACGGGUUGGGCGCAGUGUUUCUGCUGAGUCAUUGGGCCGUCUCUCGUUCUCUCUGCACCGAGCACCGCUCAUUUCAGACUCAACUUUUUUCCCCACACAUGCGUUAGAACCACAGAGGGAGGGGCAUAAAAUGUCUCCCAGUAGGACCCAUUUUAAAUGAAAGUUAACACACAACCUUUUGAUAUUUUCAUUUAAAAAUCGCUUUUGCCGUGUUUUUGAAAGAAGAAAUACUGUACCGGUACUGGAACUACCGGACCCAGUUCCUGCCCACUAAGUGAGAGAGCAGUGAUUGACUUAAAGUGACAGUACAACAUUGUACCAACUAGAGUGAAGGAGAAAAACAAGGGUCCCUCAGAAUAUACGGCACUUCUAAAAAUAGGGAAGUUUUAAAGCGAGGGUUGCGUGUUUUUCAGCGUACGGUGCUGUUUGCCUGUUGUUUGUUGCCUCUUGCUGUCAGUGUGCUCAUUCACUGUGGUACCACGAUGUACGUCCAGCAUCCUAAAAGCCCCUUUAACCAAUUUCAGUAACUCUUAUUUAUUCUUAUUAUUUUAGUUCCUUCAGUAAAACGACUAAGAAUAACAAAUGAAUGUUAUCAGUUACAGUGAUGAUGGCAUGAGUAGGUGGACAAUAAAAUAUAGUCGAUGGAGCCGAUCUUCAUGAAUCAGACACUUGCAAUACCAUGUAUUUCUCAUGAAAGUGCACUUUUUUGCUCCUCCUGUGUUAGUCACUUUGCGGAGAAGCUUCAGAGCUGGAUGGAAUCGGUUCUAGGAUCCGAACUUCUCUUUAGUUAAUUAAUUCUGGAGUCCAAAUGCACCCAACCAAAUAAAAGAAGAAACAUUUAGGCAGUUGGCGUAAAGUCGAGCUUCAGCUAGCGAUCGCUCCGUCAACGGGCCUCAUGAAGGACACCGCUUUCUUCACCUGCUUUUACGCCCCUGUGCUGACUGGCGAGAGGUCAUGUUGUAACUUCCCAGCAUUUGGUCACGAUGUUCUCCUUUUCUGGCAGAUGAACGAGCAGCACGGUGUCGAGCACCAGCUUCCUGUUGCGACCGCACUCGACGUUUCGCACGAAAACCUGCUCUAAGAAACGGAAAGUCUCCCGUCGUCAACCUUUUCCUCGUCCGUUUAGGUCCGGGCCGUUGGGCUCUUGUCUUUCCUCGUGCUCUUGGUUUUACGUUCCUGUAAAUACCGCGUAGAAACGAGAACCCCGGUGUGGCCGGUUGGGGCUGCGCACGAGACGCUGCGGUGUAACCACUUGUAGUCCCAAACCGCCUUUCUGAGCAUCGACGAUUGUUGCUUUGUAAAAUUAAUCCUCACUUUUGUUACUAGGCAAUUAAGUGUCUUCAUAUUUAAAUUGGUGUAAGAACUCCAGUAAGAGGAAGCACGACUAUGACGCCCAGUACAGCGUUAGGGCUGCGGAAUAUAUACAGUAUAAUAACAGAACAUUUAUUCCUCAAUGUACAUUGUUACACUGUUCAUUUUAAAGCUUAAUGAAUUCAAUUAUAUUUAGUAGACAUUAUCACAGCAUCCUCAUCUAAUUCCUUCACAUAGUUUUACUAAAAUGCUGUUCUGCUCCAAGCAAAAGGAAAAAAAACUAAUUUCACCUUGUGUGCAAUUGAAUUGCCAGCAUAAUUGUGAGCUUUUUUGUACAUACAUAUAUAUGUAGAUUCCUGUAAAUGAAUUUUGAACUUGUGUUCAUGUUUCUGUUGCUAAUGUUUCCAAAUAGUUUGGAAUUUGAGUAAUUUAAGAAGGUGAUGUGAUGUGGGAGAGGAUAAGAAUGCCAAAAAAUGUAUUGGCUGCUCCGUUUGCCUUUUUCGUUGUUGCUUUUGCCAGUUCUCGGAAACGGGCGCGAAGUGACGUCGCAGGCCGGCGCUGCUCUGCGGAGCGACCGCAAAAAGCGACCGUUGAGAAAAGCUCUCGGCAGGGGGGCAGCGCCGGUCCUCUGUUCGCCGUGCACGUGGUGCCGUUUGCGCAGUAAGAGCAACGAGUGCAGAGACCUGCAGACAGAAUCGAGCUCCGCCGUCGUGAAGUAAAGAUGAAUUUGCUCGUUGGCGCGAGGGAAAGAAAAAUCGCGAUCGCCGACGGCUGUAGGGCAGCUUUGGCUUCGUCGAGAGGGGAAAAAACUGCCGACCGUGUUUGGUAUUCGUGGGUAACUGAUGCUUGUGUUAAUUCCCCGCUGCUGUGCUUUCGCGUGCCCCGCUCGCGAGCCGGAAGGCCGAACGUCGCCCUUCCUGCCACGUACCCGUUACCUUGCCGCUUUCGACCACAACCCCUUUUCGGCAGUGCUGCGUAGUGUACGAGUCACCAUCCCGUUUGUGUAACGAUGCUCUGGUUAAUAAAGAACAUAUUUUUUUGCACUCGUGAUGUCCUUGUGUGC